GCUACUGAGAGAAUACUUUCAAGUGCUUGUGAGAAGUUUCUUGAACGUGAAGUUCUUAUUUUUUUUUCUCAUCUUUUAUCUUUUCCCUCUUUUUAUCUUCAGUCCUUUAGGCUUCAGCUUAGUGGUAGGCAUUUCGUGUAUCUGCUGCUUAGUGGUAGAUAUCUCGGGUUUGUGUGAAGAAAGUCUAGGGUUCGAAACCUUAUAACUUGUCCUAAAACACCAAACGUGCAAUGCAGGCUGCUUUUUAAUAGAAAUUAGCUUAUUGGGCAAGAUAUUAUUAAAAAAAAAUCUAUUAGGACUAAUUUCUAGUAAUAAAAAGUUGUUAGAAAAAAUCCAGAGAGAGAAAACACCUUAGGAAGAAAGAGAAGAUGCCUACAGCGGUAGACUCAACCGUCAUGCUCCCACCACCCAUUGAGGCCUCUACCAUGGUACCACCUCACCUCCGGCCAAAGCCCGACACUGUAAAAUACUUAGAAGACGUUCCUGUAAUUGACCUUUCACCACUCCAGACGCCAAAUUCUCAUGACUUGGCGGACAUCGUCGCUCAAGUACACAUAUCUUUAAAGGAAUGGGGCUUCUUUGUGGUUGUAAACCACGGAGUGGCGCCAGGCCUUUGGCCCGAAGUUAUAAGAGUUAUGUCUGAGUUUUCAAAACUUUCUUUUGAGGAGAAGCGAAAGGUUGCCAGAAACCCGAACAUGCCAUGGGGUUACAAUGAAAGUGACCACACGAACAACAUACGGGACUGGGCCGAGGUUUUCGACUUCAUGUUGAAUAAAGAACUUUCGAUCCCAGCAUCGUUGGAGCCAGAUUGCCAAGAGACAUCUACUCUCCACAACCAGUGGCCAGAAAACCCGGCAGAUUUUCGGAAAGUCUGCGAGGAAUUUACACAGGCUGCUUCAAAAUUGAUGUGCCAAUUGCUAGAGCUCAUCGCACUCAGCCUAGGCUUACCAGCUGAUCGCUUCAACCGUUACCUUGAGAACCACAUGAACUACGCUAGAAUCAACUAUUUUCCAAUAUGCCCUACUCCCGAAUUGGUUCUAGGCAAAGGAGCUCACAAGGACCAUGCUAUCUUGACCCUCCUGACCACAAAUGAAGUCAGUGGGCUCGAGUUGAAGCGAAAAUCGGACGGUGAAUGGCUCCGACUGAGACCCAUUCCUGAUUCAGUGGUGGUCAUCAUGGCAGGUGUUCUACAGGUUUGGAGCAACGACGAAUAUGAGUGCAUCGUGCAUAGAGUUGUCGUAAACUCAGAGAACGAGAGGUUCUCGAUGGUCACUGUAGCUUCACCUUCAUAUCAUGUGAUGGUUAAGCCUAUUGAGGAGCUUGUAACUGAAGAAAACCCCUCUAAAUUCAAAGAAUACAAGUGGGGAGAUUUCUUCAUGUCGAGGAGGGUCAGCAAUCUUGACAAGACAAAGACUGCAAUUCAAAUAACUGACUUCAAGUUAGGAGAGGAGCGCAAGCCUCAUGUCUAAGGAGUAAACAUUGAGGUUGUUACAAGAUUCAAAACAUGAAAUCCCUCGAUGGUUGUUGGUAUCUUUUCAGUCUUCCUCUUAAUAUGUUCAAAUAUUUCGGUCCUAAGUCCGCUUUGUUUCCUCCUAUCAGAUAGAUUGAUUCUACAUAAGGAGUCUGCAACUGUGUGUUGUGUUGGUUGCA